AUGGUGAGGGAGAAUAAAAUCAAGAGGACCAGAAAGCUGCGUGGACACGUGUCACAUGGUUACGGACGUGUUGGCAAGCAUAGAAAGCAUUCUGGAGGGCGUGGACUCGCUGGAGGGUUUAGUCACAUGAGGACCUACUUUGAUAGGUUUCACCCGGAUUACCAUGGCAAGAGAGGAAUGAGAGUGUACCACAGAAGCAAGGAGCAUGAGUAUGCAAAGCCAAUCAGCUCGGCAAGACUGUGGGGAUUGAUCCCCAAGGAUCAGCGAAACGAGUACCUGAGCAAUGACAGAGUGCCUGUGAUUGAUGUGAGAGAGUUUGGCUACCAUGUUGUUACUGGAGGGAAGCUGGCACUUGAAAGGCCUGUGAUAGUCAAGGCAAGGCACUUUUCUGAGCCUGCAAAGGAAGAGAUAACAAGAACUGGAGGUAAAUGGAUAAUUACUUAUUAA